AUGGAAUUCCCCUUUGGGUCCCUGGAAACCACCAACUUCCGUCGGUUCACUCCAGCAUCACUGGCAGAGAUUGAGAAGCAAAUCACCUCUAAGAAGGCAGCAAAGAAAGUCCGAGACAAGCACAGGAAGCAGAAGGACCAAGAAGAAGAGAAGCUCCGGCCUCAGCUAGACCUGAAGGCCUGUAACCAGCUGCCUAAGUUCUAUGGCGAGCUCCCUGCAGAGUUGAUCGGGGAGCCACUGGAGGACCUGGACCCCUUCUACAGCACACACCGGACAUUUAUGGUGCUGAACAAAGGAAGGACCAUCUCCCGCUUCAGUGCCACUCGGGCCCUGUGGCUGUUCAGCCCCUUCAACCUGAUCAGAAGGAUGGCCAUCAAACUGUCUGUCCACUCAUGGUUCAGCUUGUUUAUUACAGUCACUAUUGUGGUCAAUUGCGUGUACAUGACCCAAAGCGAAUCUUCGGACAAAAUUGAGACUGUCUUUACUGUCAUUUACACAUUUGAAGCAUUGCUCAAGAUUGUGGCCAGGGGAUUUUGUCUGAACGAGUUCACAUACCUGCGAGACCCUUGGAACUGGCUCGACUUUAGUGUCAUUACCCUGGCAUAUGUGGCCAUAGCCAAGGAUCUCCGUGGUAUCUCUGGCCUGCGGACAUUCAGAGUCCUCAGGGCACUGAAAACAGUCUCUGUGAUCCCAGGACUAAAGGUCAUCGUGGGAGCCCUGAUCCACUCGGUGAGGAAGCUAGCUGAUGUGACCAUCCUCACCAUCUUCUGCCUGAGUGUCUUUGCUCUGGUGGGCCUGCAGCUUUUCAAGGGCAACCUCAAGAACAAAUGCAUCAAGAAUGUCUCUGCUCUCUAUGAAGAUGCCAACUACUCGCUUGAUGCAGCAGGUGAGUUGGAGAACCAAAUCAAGAAGUCAGGCACGAAUGAGCCUUUACUGUGCGGAAAUGGAUCUGAUGCAGGCCACUGCCCUGUUGGUUCUAUCUGCCUUAAAACUUCUCAGAACCCAGAUUUUGACUACACCAGCUUCGAUUCCUUUGCCUGGGCUUUCCUCUCUCUGUUCCGCCUCAUGACACAGGACUCCUGGGAACGCCUCUACCAGCAGACCCUGAGAGCUUCUGGGAAAUUUUAUAUGAUCUUUUUCGUGCUUGUAAUCUUCCUGGGCUCUUUCUACCUGGUCAACUUGAUCUUGGCUGUGGUCACCAUGGCAUAUGAGGAGCAAAACCAGGCAACCAUGGCUGAAAUUGAAGCAAAGGAGAAGAAGUUCCAGGAGGCCCUCGAGGUUCUCCGAAAAGAACAGGAGGUUCUGACAGCACUGGGGGUUGACACCGCCUCCCUCCACUCCCACAGUGGGUCACCUUUAGCCUCCAAAAAUGCCAAUGAGAGAAGGCACAGAACGAAGCCAAGAGUAUCAGAGGGCUCCACAGAUGACAACAAGCUACCCCAAUCUGAUCAUUACAAUCAGCGCAGGAUGUCUUUCCUAGGCCUCAACUCUGGAAUACGACGGGCUAGCCAUGGCAGUGUGUAUCACUACCGAGCCCCUGGCCGAGAUGCCUCAUUCCAUGAUGGGAUCCCAGAUGAUGGAGUCUUUCAUGGAGACCAGGAAAGCCAUCGGAGCUCUCUGCUGCUGAGCAGAGAUGCUGGCCAGCAAGGCCCCCUCCCUAGGAGCCCACUCACUCAACGCCCUAAUCCUGGCACAGGGCAUGGAGAAGAUGGACACCUCAUGUUGCCCACUGGUGAACCCAUCCCCGGAGCUCCAGAAGUCUCGGCGUUUGAUGCAGCCCAGAAGAAGGCUUUCUUGUCAGCGGAAUACUUAGAUGAGCCCUUCCGAACCCAAAGGGCAAUGAGUGUUGUCAGCAUCAUGACCUCUGUGAUCGAAGAACUGGAGGAGUCUGGACAGAGGUGUCCACCGUGCUUGAUCAACUUGGCGCAGAAGUAUCUCAUCUGGGAGUGCUGUCCCACAUGGAUGACGCUCAAGAGCAGACUCUUUGACCUUGUGACAGACCCCUUUACCGAGCUCACCAUCACGCUGUGCAUCGUGGUGAACACCGUCUUCAUGGCCAUGGAGCACCAUGACAUGAGCGACACAUUUGAAGCCAUGCUGCAUUACGGCAACAUCGUGUUCACCAUCUUUUUCACUGCUGAAAUAGUCUUCAAAAUCAUCGCCUUCGACCCCUACUAUUACUUCCAGAAAAGGUGGAACAUCUUUGACUGCUUUGUCGUCACUGUGAGCCUGGUGGAGCUGGGCACCCCCACAAAAGGUGGCCUGUCCGUGCUACGCACCUUCCGCUUGCUGCGGGUCUUCAAGCUGGCCAAGUCCUGGCCAACCCUCAACACACUCAUCAAGAUCAUCGGGAACUCGGUGGGGGCGCUGGGGAACCUCACUGUCAUCCUGGUCAUCAUCGUCUUCAUCUUUGCCCUGGUUGGCAAACAGCUCCUGGGAGAAAGCUACAUCAAAAACUGGAGGAACAUCUCUGACUCUGGUGAGAAGCUGCCUCGCUGGCACAUGCAUGACUUCUUCCACUCCUUCCUCGUCAUCUUUCGGAUCCUGUGUGGCGAGUGGAUCGAGAACAUGUGGAACUGCAUGCAGGUCGGCCAGGAGUCCGUAUGCCUCGUCCUCUUCUUGAUGGUGAUGGUGCUGGGAAACCUGGUGGUGCUCAACUUAUUCAUCGCCUUGCUGCUGAAUUCCUUCAGUGCCGACAACCUCACAGCCCCAGAGGAAGAUGGUGAGGUGAACAACCUACAGGUGGCCCUGGCCCGCAUCCAGGUGUUUGGCCGGCGUGCCAGGCAGUGGCUCCACAGAUUCCUCAGGAGGCAUUGCCUGCUCCCCCGACCCAAGGCCCAGCCACAGCUGCCUGUGAAACUGCCACUAUCCAACUCCAUAUCUGGGAAUUGCACUGCUGCCAAGGCUGGUCCUGGAGGGCUGUCCGCUCCCAGAGGCCCCAACGAUGACUUAGUCAGCGGUUCUCUUGUGUGGGUCUCUGCACCCAUCGCAGAGGGUGAAUCUGACCUGGAUGACUUGGAGGAUGAUGGAGAACGGGAGUCUCAGAGUGCGCCACAGGACGGCAUCCCCAGAGGGCAGCAGGAGCAGCUGCAGCACACCGGGGACAGCGAGGACACCCCUGCGCCCAGGAGUCCUGGCUCUGGAAUGUCUUCCGCAGACCUGGCCUUGUACCUGGGUGAGAAAUGGGACAACGAAGUAACUCUUCAGGCCCCUGCAGAGGGACUGGAUGACACCAGCCCCUCGGAGGGCAGCACAGUAGACUGCCCAGACCCAGAAGAGAUUCUGCGGAAGAUCCCGGAGCUGGCAGAUGAGCUGGAAGAGCCAGAGGAUUGCUUCCCAGAAGCCUGCCUUCGCCACUGUCCCUGCUGCAAGGUGAACGUUGCCAAGUUCCCCUGGUCCGUGGGUUGGCAGAUGCGCAAGACCUGCUACCGCAUCGUGGAGCACAGCUGGUUUGAGACCUUCAUCAUCUUCAUGAUCCUGCUCAGCAGUGGAGCACUGGCCUUUGAAGACUGUUACCUGGACCAGAAGCCCACAGUGCAGGCCCUGCUGGAGUACACAGACAGGGUAUUCACCUUUGUCUUUGUGCUGGAGAUGCUGCUCAAGUGGGUGGCGUACGGCUUCAAGAAGUACUUCACCAACGCCUGGUGCUGGCUGGACUUCCUCAUCGUGGCCAUAUCACUGACAAGCCUUACGGCAAAGAUUCUGGAAUAUUCUGACAUGGCGCCUAUCAAGGCUCUCCGGACACUGCGUGCCCUGCGGCCACUCCGGGCCCUGUCUCGGUUUGAAGGCAUGCGGGUGGUGGUAGAUGCCCUGCUGGGCGCCAUCCCGUCCAUCAUGAACGUCCUGCUCGUCUGCCUCAUCUUCUGGCUCAUCUUCAGCAUCAUGGGCGUGAACCUCUUCGCGGGGAAGUUUUGGAAAUGCAUCGACUCUAGCAAUAAAACAUUUGCCACGGUGCCUUUGUCCAUUGUGGAGAACAAAAGCGAAUGUGGGAUGCAAAAUUCCUCUGGCACGUAUUUCUGGGUCAAUGUGAAAGUCAACUUCGAUAAUGUUGCCAUGGGCUACCUCGCACUCCUCCAAGUGGCAACCUUUAAAGGCUGGAUGGACAUCAUGUAUGCAGCUGUCGAUUCCCGAAAUAUUGACUGUCAACCCAAGUGGGAGGAGAAUUUGUACAUGUACCUGUACUUUGUCGUCUUCAUCAUUUUCGGUGGCUUCUUCACCCUGAAUCUCUUUGUCGGGGUCAUCAUUGACAACUUCAAUCAACAGAAAAAAAAGAUGAGGGGCCAGGACAUCUUCAUGACAGAGGAGCAGAAGAAGUACUACAAUGCCAUGAAGAAGCUGGGCUCCAAAAAGCCCCAGAAGCCCAUCCCCCGGCCCCUGAACAAGUACCAGAGCUUUAUCUUUGACAUCGUAACCAAGCAAGCUUUUGACAUCGCCAUCAUGGUCCUCAUUUGUCUCAAUAUGGUCACCAUGAUGGUGGAGACUGACAAUCAGAGUGAAGAGAAGACCCAGGUCCUCAGCAGAAUCAACCAGUUCUUCGUGGCCGUCUUCACGGCCGAGUGCGUCUUGAAGAUGUUCGCCCUCAGGCAUUACUACUUCACUUUCGGCUGGAAUGUGUUUGACUUCAUCGUGGUGAUCCUCUCCAUUGGAAGUCAGCUGCUUUCUACAAUCCUGCAUUCGGUUGAAAGUCAAAGUUUCUUCUCCCCGACAUUGCUCCGAGUCAUUCGCCUGGCACGCAUCGGCCGCAUCCUCAGGCUGAUCCGUGCGGCCAAGGGCAUCCGCACCCUGCUCUUCGCCCUCAUGAUGUCCCUGCCUGCCCUCUUCAACAUCGGCCUGCUGCUCUUCCUGGUCAUGUUCAUCUACUCCAUCUUCGGCAUGGCCACAUUUCCCCAUGUGAGAGAGGAGGCCGGCAUCGACGACAUGUUCAACUUCAAGACCUUCGCCAACAGCAUGCUGUGCCUCUUCCAGAUCACCACAUCAGCCGGCUGGGAUGGCCUCCUCAGCCCCAUCCUCAACACGGGACCCCCUUACUGCGACCCCAACCAACCCAACAACAGUGACUCUGGGGGGGACUGCGGGAACCCAGCUGUAGGCAUCAUCUUCUUCACUACUUACAUCAUCAUCUCUUUCCUCAUCGUGGUCAACAUGUACAUUGCAGUGAUCCUGGAGAACUUCAAUGUGGCCACUGAGGAGAGCACGGAGCCCCUGAGCGAGGACGACUUCGACAUGUUCUAUGAGACCUGGGAGAAGUUCGAUCCUCAAGCCACACAGUUCAUCGACUACUCAGCCCUCUCAAAUUUUGCAGACUGUCUUUCUGGCCCCCUGCGAAUCCCAAAACCUAACCAGAAUAUCUUAAUGCAGAUGGACUUGCCCUUGGUGCCCGGGGACAAGAUCCACUGCCUGGACAUUCUUUUUGCCUUCACCAAAAAUGUACUGGGAGAUUCUGGAGAUCUGGAUUCUCUGAAAGCAAGUAUGGAAGAAAAGUUUAUGGCAACAAAUCUUUCCAAAGCUUCCUAUGAGCCAAUAGCCACCACCCUCCGGUGGAAGCAAGAAGAUGUCUCAGCCACUGUCAUUCAAAAAGCCUAUCGGAGCUACAUACGGCACCGUGCCUUGAACCUGUCUAAUGUCCCAGGGGUACCCAGGGCUGAUGUGGACGCUGGGCCCCUCCCAGGUGAAGGCAUUGUUGUGUUUGUGACUGAUGAAGAUGGUGUGCUUCCAGACAAAUCCGAGACUGCAUCUGCCACAUCUUUCCCACCGUCCUAUGAUAGUGUCACUAGAGGCCUCAGUGAGUCAGUCAACAGGAGCUCUUCCAGCUCAUUGCAAAAUGAAGAUGAAGUCACCAGUCAUGAAGUGACUGCCCCUGGGCCCUAG